AUGGCCGCACCUUGGCCCUCACCGACGAAGAAAUGGCAUGACGACGCAUACAUGUACCCAGCAAUAGACCCAAGUCGUCCAGAACUUGCGCUGGUUGGCAAGAUAGCAGUCAUUACAGGAGGUGGUAGCGGCAUUGGAGGCGCCAUUGCUCAGUCAUUUGCCAAAGCCGGUAUUUCCCGUCCCGUAUUAAUCGGACGGCGACUUCAAGUUUUGCAAGACAAUAGGGCCAAGAUUGCCGCCAUCGAUGCCAGAACCGAGGUUCUACUGAUUCAGGGAGACAUUGUCAACGCGGACUGGAUACAGAAAGCAUUUGAGACUGUCAAAUCCACUUUCGGAGAGCCGCAUAUUCUUGUCAAUAAUGCUGCCUACUUCGAUGGGCCAGUUUCAGCGUUGAAGGAUGAUGUCGAUACAUGGUAUCAAGCCUUUGAGAUCAAUGUAAAGGGCAAUCUUCAUGUAAUCAGGUCCUAUCUAUCUGUUGCAGCGACGUCGCCGAGGAUCUUGAACGUGUCAAGCGGACAGGCUCACUUGAAUGCCAAAUUCUUUUCGGGCAUGUCUGCCUAUCUGUCAUCAAAGAUGGCACAGCUGCGUAUGAUUGACGCCAUUCAAGCAGAGAGACCCGAUGUGUUUAUAAUGAACUGCCACCCGGGGCGUGUGAUGAGCGAAAUGUCAGCGAAGAUUGGCAGAACAAAGGGUAUUGAUACGCUGGAACUCUCGGGAGACUUUGGUGUCUGGGCUGUUAGUGACGAGGCCCAAUUUCUUAAAGGAGGAAUGGUGUGGGUGAAUUGGGAUGUAGACGAGCUCACAGCAAAAAAGGAUGAAAUCGUCAAUAGUGACCUGCUGACUGUUGCCCUCGGUGGUUGGCCAUUUAAACAAGUGUUUUACCGGCAAUCGAGAAAUAAUGGACGGAAAUAG